CGCCGUCCAGGACACUGCUCCGUGAGCUCGGGAUGUUCCCGGAGCUCAAUGACCUCCUCAAUGCCUCCCUGGACCGGGCGGAGCCGGGGAAACUGACUCUACUCUGUGAUGCCCAGACCGAUGGCAGUUUCCUUGUGCACCACUUUCUCUCCUUCUACCUCAAAGCUAAUUGUAAGGUGUGUUUUGUGGCCCUCGUUCAGUCCUUCAGUCACUACAACAUUGUGGGACAGAAGCUGGGUGUCAGCCUGACCACGGCACGGGAGCGCAGGCAGCUGGUCUUCCUCGAGGGUCUCAGGUCAGCAGUGGACGUCUUCUUCCGGGCCGAGGGCGAGGCACAUCCCCUGCAGUUCCUCAGGGAGGCCAAGGCCGCCAGCCUGCAGCCGCUGUAUGAGUUCGUGCGGGAGGCCCUGGAGCCCGUGGAUCAGAGGGAGGCUGCCUGGAAGCGCCCGGUGCUGCUGGUGGACAACCUCAGUGUGCUGCUGAGCCUGGGCGUGGGGGCGGUGGCCGUGCUGGACUUCGUCCACUACUGCAGGGCCUGCGUGUGCUGCCGGCUG